UGAACAGCUGUUUUGCUGGAAUGUGGCUUUUUUAGGGUAUUAUCCUAAUGCUGCGGCGAUAUUUUGGAAUUGCAAUGAAAUAUAUUGACAUUGGGGCCAACCUGACGGAUCCCAUGUUUCAGGGCUGCUACGGCGGAACCCAGAAGCAUGUGGCCGACCUGGACAUUGUUUUGGAACGUGCGUGGCAACAGGGCCUGCAGAAGAUCAUCGUCACCGCCGGCUGCCUGAGGGAUGUAGACGAGGCAUUGGAACUGGCUUCCAAGGAUGAUCGUAUAUACACUACAGUGGGAACACAUCCCACACGCUGCGAGGAAUUCCUUCCAGAUCCAGAGGGUUACUACGACCAACUUCGAUCCAAGAUCAAGGCAAACCGCGGAAAGGUGCUGGCCAUUGGGGAAUGCGGCCUGGACUACGACCGACUGCAGUUCUGUGGUCAGGAGACACAACGCCUAUACUUUGAAAAGCAGCUGGACCUGGCGGCUGAGUUUCGAUUGCCCCUCUUCCUUCACAUGCGGAAUGCUGCCGAGGAUUUCAUGACCAUUCUGGAACGAAAUCGGGACAAGAUCAGGGAAUGCGGCGGCGGAGUGGUGCACAGUUUCACAGGCACUCUUGAGGAAGCCCAAAGCAUCUUGGCUUUCGGUGGCCUCUACAUAGGAGUGAAUGGCUGCUCCUUGAAGACGGAAGAAAAUGCAGAGGUAGUGCGCCAGCUGCCCAACGACAAAAUAAUGCUAGAAACGGACUGUCCUUGGUGCGGCAUUCGUCCCUCGCAUGCAGGACAUAAGCAUGUGACCACCAAGUUUGCCACCGUCAAGAAAAAAGAGAAAUGGACGGCCGAAUCUCUGAUAGACGGACGAUGUGAGCCCUGCCAGAUCAGCCAAGUUCUGGAGGCCAUAGCCGGAAUCAAAAAGGAGCCCAAAGAGCAACUGGCAGAUAUUUACUACCAAAACACUAUAGAUUUGUUCUUUAGCAAAACAGAGAAAAACGAUUAAAAGUCCAUGCAUUUACAUUCAAUGCGUUUACAUUUAUUUUAUUAUUGUUUCUCGUGUCUAAAUGCAAAUGAAUUCAAAAAUACGCAUUACAACUUUGAUUUGUUAGGUUACAUUUUUUGGUUUGUUCGUUCUGCAGUUAACACAUAGAACCACUUUAAGAUUAACAUUUAGACUUGUAAAUAAUUGUUGCAUAUGGCUAAGUUAAUUAACUCUUGUGAUUAAGCACUGCUAUGUGGUGUAUAUAGAAUGGAUUGCCCAAAAAAAUAUAUGUAUUUGUUACGACUCAAA